AUGGCGAGUGAAGAGAUUGUUACGGAAAUGGUGGACCGCAGCAGAAGCAAACCUCGAUGGCACAUCCUGGUCGGUGACUUCGCCAACAUCGUCAAGGCUUUCAUGGGAUCUAACUAUCUGACUAUUGCAUAUGGGUUCAAACAGAGUGGACUUGUUUUAGGUCUUGUUGGAUUGCUGGUCAUCGCUUUCAUUACCGACCACUGCUGCGACCUGAUUGUCAAAUGUAAAUACCACGCCAUUCAGUUUGUCUUAGACAGACAGAUCAACUCCACAUCUUCGCUCAGUUCACUGAAAACUGAUUCAUCGUUGAAACCAUUCGAGAAAUCUGAAGACGAAACUGAGAGGUCCAGACAAGAAUCAGCUGAAAUUAUCAAACACAUGACACGCAGUAUAACUUACGGAGAUAUAGGCAAACUAGCAUGUGGGCGUUUCGGUGCAUUUAUAGUAAAUGCUUGUGUUAUAUUUACCCAGUUUGGUUUCUGUAUUGGAUAUUGUAUUUUUAUAGGAAACACGCUGUUUUCUUUGUUUCCUUCUACAAAUGUUACGUUGAAUACUGGCGUUACACAACCGUCUAUGGCGACAUAUGUAUCUUCCAUGACAUCAGAAAAUAUAAGCACAGACUACACUCAAAACAACGAAUCUCUGUUAACUGACAACGUUGACUACUCAAUGCUGAUGCAAAACAAUGAAUCUUCAGAAGAAAGGGAUGAAAUCUCACUGGUGACAUUAGUUUCAAAUUCGUCUAUCCCGCCAAAGGAUAAUUCAUCAAGCUAUAUCCUUAUCAGUGACGCUCCAGAUCUUCGUCUGCUGGUGAUUUCGCCUCUUCCGGUAUUUUUUGUUUUCGCAUUAUUGAAGAGUGUUAGACAUCUUGGAUUUGUCAGUGUUGGCGCUGAUGUGUCUCUAUUUCUCGGCUGUAUAGUUACAAUGAUUUAUAUUUCUAUAGAUUUCCAAGUAUCUUCAUCUUGGGAACUGUUCAACUUGAAAACAUUUCCAAUAUUUUUUGGGAUGACUACAGCAUCAUAUGAGGGUAUCGGAACAAUAAUUCCUAUUGAAUGCAGCAUGGAGGGAAACCGCCAUAACUUCUCGAAGUUUCUACACGGCGCUGUGCUCAUUCUCACUUUCAUACUGACCGUUUUUGGGACCAUGGGAUACUUGGCAAAUGGAGACGCCACAGAACAGAUGCUGAAUAAACACAUCCCAGCCUCUGAUGGCUUUGGCGUUGCAAUCAACAUUUUCCUUUGUAUUGGAGUCGUACUCACUUUCCCACUUCAGGUCUAUCCAGUAACUGAACUUUUGGAGAUUUACUUGUUUCGUCCAGGUGCAAUCUUUGGACGUGGUAAAUUUCAGACAUGGUGGAGGAGAUGUAGCGAGGACAAGCUGGCCCUCCUACCCAAGAAUGAGUUGGUGGUACCUUCAUCUGCCAAACUGAACGCUAUGGAUGAGAUACCCAACUGGAAACGUAACUUGCUGCGGCUCUUCGUGGUCUUGUUUGCUGCCGGUAUUGCUGUACUAAUGCGAAAUUUGUUUGCUUAUGUUAGUGCAUUUAUAGGUGCCGUCGGCAGCUCGCUUUUGGCCUACGUACUGCCGUGCAUCUUCCACCUGCGUCUGUGCUGGCACAAACUGGGAUACGGCAUCAGAAUUAAGGAUAUUUGUAUUAUUGUCUUUGGAGUCGUUGCUAGUCUAGUGAGCUUAUAUACAACCAUACUUGAAGUGCUGAAUAGGGUGUAG